UAACAGAAUAAAUCUGCAAGCAAACUUCUAAGACUUUUCCACUUUACACCACACAUUCACUUGACCAUACAUCUUUAGGUGAUGUCUAUGCCCUUCAUUUGUCUCUUCCUUAAACCUUCUCCACUUUCUCUUUUUCUAUAUUACUCUUCACACUCUCUCUACUUUCUUUUAUUAUUAUCUCAUUGAAUUUUAAACAUCAAACUAGGUUUUUAAUUAAUUCAUCACCAUGGAAUUUAGCUACCUCCAAGAAGAUUCAAAGAGCUCAAGCGACGAAAACAUUGAUCGAUCAUCCGAUCAAAACAACGACGAUGAUCAUGAUCGCGACAUGGGAAUUGGUAGAUCUUAUGAGUGUGUUUUUUGCAAAAGAGGUUUCACAACUGCUCAAGCUUUAGGUGGACACAUGAAUAUACAUAGAAAAGAUAGAGCAAAUAAUAACAAAAGUGUUACCAAAACUAAUUAUGCUCCUCCUAGUUCAAGCAAAUUAGAUAACUAUGGAGAUCUUGGAUUUUAUUCAACAAUUAAUCCAAGUCAUCUUACAAGAGGUGGUUAUUAUUCAACAAUUUCAUCAACAACUAAUCCUCCUGAGGUAGAUUCUCUAAAUUAUCAUCAAAUAUAUUUUCCUUCACAUCAUGUGCAAUAUAGUGAGAUGUUAUGUGUUGAAAAUCAAAGGAUGUUUGGACAAGAUUGGAGUGGUUUGAGUUUGUAUACAAAUCCAUUAAGUAAAGACAAAAUAGAAAACAACAAUGGAGUGGAUGAAUUGGAUUUGGAGCUUAGACUUGGUCAUUAUCCAUAGCAAGAAUUAAUAUAUAUUCUACUUAUAAUUAUUUCUCUACCUUUUACUUAUAUAUAAGCAUGUCUUGCUUUUAUAUAUUAAUUCUGAUGGCAUGCAAUUGUAUAUUGAGAAGUAAUUAAGAUUUCUAUGUUAUGUGGGCUUUUUCAAGGAAGAAAUUAAGGAGGGUUCUAUAUUUAUACCCUUAUAUAUAUAAUAGCUAGGGUUCUAUAUUAUUAUAACCCAGAAGUUAAUUUUUACAUAUGUGAAUGUUUCUUUUUUGUUGCUA